AUGGUUGCAGGUUCCGACACCACAGCAAUCAGCCUCAGUGCCGUUCUCUACCAUUUGCUGCGCAGCCCAGAUAAGAUGGCCAAGCUUCGAAACGAGAUUGACCAAUCGUUCUCGGAGCAGACUAUCCCGUCAAAUGGCAUCGGGUUUCAGGACAGUCUUGGUCGUCCUUACCUCCAGGCUGUCAUCAAAGAGGCUUUAAGAAUGCAUCCAGCUACUGGCCUACCCCUCGAGAGAGUGGUGCCUGAAAGCGGUGCCACUAUUGGCGGCAGGUUCUUUCCUGCAGGAACAAUUAUUGGCGUUAACAGUUGGGUUGAGCACUAUAACCCUGCCAUAUUUGGCCAAGAUGCUUAUGAAUUCGUACCAGAACGCUGGUUGACUACAGAAGCUGAGAAACUCUCUCUUAUGAACCGACACUGGAUGCCUUUCGGCCUUGGUUCUCGGACCUGCAUAGGAAGACAUGUUUCCACGCUUGAGAUCUCGAAGCUAAUUCCCCGUUUGUUACACGAGUUUGAGUUUGAGCUAUGUGACAAGAAUCCAUGGGUUACCAAGAAUUGCUGGUUUGUAAAACCUAUAGCCUUCAAGGUUUACAUCAGACCCAGGACACCACGUCAGUAA